AUGCUCGAGCGCCGGAAAGGAGCUUUUGCUUUGGAUGGACGACUUGGGGACCACCCAGCUAUGGCACAGAUACGGGUUAAAGACGACGCCCAACCGGUGGCCGUCCCCAUGUACGGCACGUCCCCCGCCAAGAAGGAAGUUAUCGACGAGCAGCUUAGCAAGUGGUUUGAGCAGGAAGUUAUCGAGGACUCGCGAAGUCCUUGGAGUGCGCCAGUGGUGAUCGCUUACCGCAAUGGAAAACCACGCUUC